AUGGUCCUUCCGGCUCGUAAGGUCUUUCCCAUCCAGAUAGGGGACAGACUGUUCCGACUGUCAGGUGCCUCAAUAUCCUCUGACGCUCCGUCUUACUUUUCGCAAUUCUUUGAAGAACAACUCCAGAACGGUGACGGGGCUGACAGUGUUAGGACCUUGUACAUCGACAGAGAUCCGGCAACAUUCGAAGAUAUCUCGCUACAUCUACAAGGCUAUCACAUCGAACCGAAAGACACACAAUCAUUUUGCAGACUCUUUGCAGACGCUCAGUUUUUCAGCUUACCUCGUCUGACCGCCCAGCUCUUCUCGUCCACGAUAUACAUCCGCAUCGGCGAUUCAGAGUUCCAGAUACCGCGAGACCUCUUCAGUAAUCCAGGAGAUUCGCCAAAUUACUUCUCACUCGGCUUCUCAAUCUUCUUCACAUCGCCAACGGAGGUCUUCCCUGGGCUCUCACAGCGCACACUGAUAAGGCCGCCGUCCAUACUGCCUCCAAGUGUGCCGAAUAGGUCUGCCAAGACAUUUGCCGAUCUUCUGCACGUGCUCAAAGGUUAUCCGGUCGAGGUCCGCAAUGAACAACAUCGUCAGGAACUAUUACGCGAUGCGCGCUAUUACCACUUGAAGGGUCUAGAGCAGCGCCUUAUCCCACACAAUAUCACAUUUAACCUGGGUAGACAAAAGUCAGAGAUCCUCAUCCGGCUGGAAGACAUUAGGACCUCUGGUGUCUCAUUUGUGGCUGAUAGAGACAGUGAGGGCGGUUCAGCGGCGGCAUCACCCACGAGCAGUACGGCAUACAGCAUAGCGAACGGGCCUGGAUGGAUUCAUUACCAGCGUCCGUAUGUGGAUUCGGAGGCGUACAGUCUGAUAGUGGAGAUUGGAGGUGAAGAGAACACCAUCUUGACGGUAGAACCACGUUCGCCCUCAUCUCUCGCUCGUAUGGCUCGUGCAACAUUUCACAGACAGACUUUGUCGAGAAUUACGAGGUUAUUCUCGGUCAUCGCAGACAAGAUGAACCUGCCGAUCACUCAGCCUCUAGGGUUGAUGAUGCUUGAGCGCGGCGCAGGGGUUGCAAGCUUGCCAGUCAGUCCUCGAAACACGGGCAUGAGCGAAGAGAAGGUCAAAGUCCGAAUUGGGCGUGACGCGGAUGUGGUUGUCGAUGGAAACGAAUGGACAGUCAGCGGUGAGGCAGAGGAGGUAACAGAGUCUCCGAUGGAGCUGGAUACCGGCCACGAAGCUGCAGCUACUAGGAGAUCUAAAAGGCGGAGAAAAGCAGCAGAAGAGCGUCAAGAGGUGGAGGAAUGGAUAGUGAGCAAAGCGCAAUGGCGUUUGAGAGUGCAGCCAAGGAGUGGCGGCGCACAGAGUGGCAAAAGUGGCGCGGAAGUCAUUCUUGCAGCGGUCAAGAUUCAAGGAUAUUCCAUUGAAAAAAGCAGGAACGCGGAGAGGGCGUUUCUCACGUAGGGUCUGCUUCUCAGCGAUGUGUAGUAGUAUUUCUUGGGAACCAGGGAAAUGAUAGAUUCGGGUGGCAAGAGCGUCGAGCGAUAGAGAUGGUACUCUUGUCCCGACUCAGAGCGGAGCGAAGGAGGAGGCCGGAAGAGCAAAGACUGUAAUGAGCAAGCCUGAAGGGUGCACUGCACCUUCUGCCGAGAAAUUGGCAAGCUCUUUGAGCCUCUUUGCU